GUACAUCUCUUCACCACACAUUCUCCACUCUCUCUCUCUCUCAGCUCAGCAGCAAAUCAAGAAAAGCUUUGUAAUUCUCCCAUGGCGAAGGACGUUGAAGUUGCAGAGAAUCCCGGCGAGUUCUCAGGCAAGGACUACCAUGACCCACCACCUGCACCGCUGAUCGAUGUGGAGGAGCUUGGUAAAUGGUCUUUUUACAGAGCUCUUAUUGCAGAGUUCAUAGCCACACUUCUCUUUCUUUAUAUCACAGUAUUGACUGUGAUUGGCUACAAGAGCCAAACUGAUCCUGCUAAGAACUCUGAUGCCUGUGGUGGUGUUGGUAUUCUUGGUAUUGCUUGGGCUUUUGGUGGUAUGAUCUUUAUUCUCGUUUACUGCACUGCUGGUAUCUCUGGAGGACACAUAAACCCAGCUGUGACCUUUGGGCUGUUCUUGGCCCGGAAAGUGUCGCUGAUCAGGGCCCUUUUGUACAUGGUGGCUCAGUGCUUGGGUGCAAUCUGUGGGUGUGGUUUAGUGAAGGCUUUUCAAAAGGCUUAUUACAACAGGUAUGGAGGUGGGGCCAAUGAACUGUCAUCUGGGUACAGUAAGGGAACUGGAUUGGGUGCUGAGAUUAUUGGUACUUUUGUUCUUGUCUACACUGUUUUUGCUGCCACUGAUCCUAAAAGAAAUGCAAGAGACUCCCAUGUUCCUGUAUUGGCACCUCUCCCCAUUGGAUUUGCUGUGUUCAUGGUUCACUUGGCCACUAUUCCAAUUACUGGCACUGGCAUCAACCCUGCAAGGAGUUUUGGAGCUGCUGUUAUUUACAAUAAAGACAAGGCCUGGGAUGAUCAAUGGAUCUUCUGGGUUGGACCUUUCAUUGGAGCUGCAAUUGCUGCUUUCUACCACCAAUACAUUCUUAGAGCAGCAGCCAUUAAAGCUCUAGGAUCCUUCAGGAGCAAUGCUUAAUUAAUUAAGUUUUUUUUUUAUUUAAUUUUAUUUGAUGAAAUUUGAAGAAAGAGGGUGAUGAUGCUUAAGAAGAAUAACAAUGGAGGAGGAUGAGUGGUGAAGUUUGUGUCUUUUUAAGGGGUCCUUUCAGUAAUUUCUUUCUCAUUCCCUUUCAAGGGAUUUUAGGAAGAAAUUUGGAAAAGCCCUUGGAAUUGUAAAUAAUAAGGAUUAAUGGUCAAGGGUGUCUUUUCAA